UCAAAUCCAACUUAUGAUGUAAAUUCAUCUCUAUUUCUUCUGAUGUAAAUUCAAGUUCAUAUCAGCAGAGGAACGGCGUAAUGCGGCUUUCCUUUUCUCUUUUGUCUGGAAUGCUUCAACUAAUCAAAAUCUACAGCACUUAGACUACAACCAUGGCAGGAGGAGAUCUGCAAACCCCUCUCCGCCCUAAAAGGAAGAAGGUCUUGGUGGAUUACCUGGUCCAGUUCCGUUGGAUCGUCGUCAUCUUUGUCGUCCUCCCAAUCUCCAGCCUCAUGUACUUCAGCUUAUAUCUUGGGGAUGUCAGAUCUGCUUGGAAAUCCGAUAAGCGCCGCCAGAAAGAGCACGAUGAGAAUGUCCAAAAGGUUGUUAAACGCCUCAAGCAAAGAGACCCUAAGAAGGAUGGCCUCGUCUGCACGGCCCGAAAACCCUGGAUCGCUGUUGGUAUGCGCAAUGUCGACUAUAAGAGAGCUAGACAUUUUGAGGUUGAUCUUUCUGCUUUUAGAAACAUUCUUGAAAUCGACAAAGAGAGAAUGAUUGCGAAGGUCGAACCGCUUGUUAACAUGGGCCAGAUAACCCGCGCUACUGUCCCCAUGAACCUUGCCCUAGCCGUCGUGGCCGAGCUCGACGAUCUGACCGUUGGUGGCCUGAUCAAUGGCUAUGGCAUUGAGGGUAGCUCUCACAUCUACGGACUUUUCUCCGAUACUGUAGUAGCGAUGGAAGUUGUUCUUGCGGAUGGACGGGUUGUUAGGGCUACAAAGGAUAACGAGUACUCUGACCUUUUCUAUGGACUCCCGUGGUCUCAGGGCACAUUAGGAUUUCUUGUUUCGGCAGAGAUCAAACUUAUUCCGAUCAAGGAGUACAUGAGGCUAACAUAUACUCCAGUUAAAGGAAAUUUACAGGACGUGGCACAAGCAUAUUGUGAUUCAUUUGCACCUAGAGAUGGGGACCCCUCGAAAAUCCCCGAUUUCGUCGAAGGAAUGGUUUAUAGCCCCACUGAGGGUGUUAUGAUGACUGGAGUGUAUGCGUCCAAAGAAGAGGCAAAGAAGAAGGGCAAUGUGAUAAACAGUGUGGGUUGGUGGUUCAAGCCGUGGUUCUAUCAGCACGCGCAAAAAGCGCUUAAGAAGGGGGAGUUUGUGGAGUACAUACCCACUAGAGAGUACUACCACAGGCACACGAGGUGUCUUUACUGGGAAGGAAAGCUGAUUUUGCCUUUCGCGGAUCAGUGUUGGUUCAGGUGGCUCUUGGGGUGGCUGAUGCCCCCGAAGGUUUCGCUGCUUAAAGCCACCCAGGGCGAAGCUGUUAGGAACUAUUACCAUGACAUGCAUGUGAUUCAGGAUAUGCUGGUGCCCCUAUACAAAGUUGGGGACGCGCUUGAGUGGGUUCACAAAGAAAUGGAGGUCUAUCCGCUCUGGCUCUGCCCGCACCGCCUCUUCAAACUGCCCAUCAAAACCAUGGUCUACCCCGAACCAGGCUUCGAGCACCACCACAGGCAGGGCGACACUAACUAUGCCCAAAUGUUCACGGACGUCGGCGUGUAUUACGCCCCAGGCCCCGUCCUCCGCGGCGAGGAAUACAACGGCGCAGAAGCCGUUCGUAAGAUGGAGGAAUGGCUCAUCGAGAACCACGGGUUCCAGCCGCAGUACGCGGUCUCCGAGCUCAAAGAGAAGGACUUCUGGAGGAUGUUCGACGCCUCUCACUACGAGCGCUGUCGCAGGAAGUACGGCGCCGUCGGGACGUUCAUGAGCGUGUACUACAAGUCGAAGAAAGGGAGGAAGACGGAGAAGGAGGUUCAAGAGGCCGAAGCUGCGAUUCUCGAGCCGGCUUACGCUGAAGAAGCUUAGUUCGGCUUAGGUUCCGCCGAGUUUCGUCUUAUUUAUCCUUUUGCUUUUUAAUUAUCGAGAUGAGUUUGUGUAACCUGGAAACACUUGGGUGUUGUUCCUGCUGCUGCUGCUGUUGUUGUUGUUGUUGUUGUUGUUGUUGGAUGAUCCUUUUUUGCUAGUAAUUGGACUGGCUCUUUUAUCUAGUGCUUUUAACAGAUGA